AUGUCAUUACCAUCAUCAUCAACAUCAACAUCAACUACUACUACUACUACUAUUAUAGUCAAAUUUAGUACACCAAAAGUCCCAGAUUUAACUGUAGAUGUUCCAGAUAUUUCAGCUGCAACAGUACCUUGGCUUAGGGCUACAAUUAGAGAAAAGGGAGGAGGUAUUUUAACUAACCGUCGGUUACGAUUAAUUGCAAAUGGACGUGUAUUAGAUAAUUUUGCUUCACUUGUUCCGCGGGUCGGAGCUCCUCCAAGAGUUUAUAUUCAUUGUGCUGUUGGAGAUAUUCUUUCACCAGAAGAUUUGGAACGUGAAAGUAUGGAACAGCAACAGCAACAGCAACAACAGCAACAGCAACAGCAACAGCAACAACAACAACAACGAGAGACUACAUCUACAACAGAAGAACCAAGAGGAUUUGACCGAUUGGCAGCAGCUGGAUUUUCACAAGAAGAUGUUGCACAAUUACGUCAACAAUUUUCAAGGUUAUAUGGAGAUGUUGCUGAUGCAAGGGAUGCUGAUCGUCAAGCUUUACAAGCUGCAGGUGGUGCAGCUCCGGAGCUUUCAGGACCAUCAUCUGAUCUUGCACAAUUAGAAGAACGAUGGCUUGAUUCUGCUGCUCCUGUUCCUGCUCGUGGAGAUUAUCUUGAUGAUUUAGUUGGUUUACUUGCAGGAAUGUUUCUUGGAGUUUUUGCAUUAUUUUUAUUAAAAGAACCGAGUUUGGCGUCUCGUCGAACAGGUCGGUCGGUACUUGGCGGAGUUGCCAUUAACGUGGCGUUUGCUGCUGUGCGGCUAUUUUUCUAA